AGCAGGAGGGGUUCUUGCAAGAAAUGGGUUUCCUUGUCUGUGUCAUAUGUACGGUGAUGCGGUUCUGCAAGUGGAAUUAUGAACCAGUUUAAAUGAAAGAAAUCCUGGAUUAAAUGUAUCAAAAUGUAUUUUCCUUCAACCUCAGUGAAUAUGCGUGAAUGGUGAUCAUUUGAAAGGCGCCAGUUUGGCCGUGAGACGGAAUAUCAAUUUCCUUGUGUGUUUUGUAUCGAUUUUAGUGUUAGCCAUCACAUAGCUAACGUUAUCUCUGUAGAUAGAUAGCAGCAAGCCCCUCGGCAAACGCCUUUGUGGCUAUGACUACGGAUCUUUUAUCUGACUUGGAUAGUCGUUUCUUCGCUGACAACCUUCUAACAAGCGAAGACUGGGAUGCCUGCCUUUACCAGUGCGAGAGCAUGGAAGAGGGAGAGGAAGGAGACUACAGUGGAGGAACAAAGUAUAACACAACGUACAACAAUGGCCUCGUGCUGACCCUUGAUCCAGACAACCCCACGUCGCCAUGGAAGAACCUCAGCGACAACCUCCUCACAGGUGAUGUUCCUAUUAUAAAGGAAGAGAUGAAGAUGACCUUAACACAGCCUCUGCCCGUCGACAUGCUGUUUCAGGUGAAGGCAGAGCCUCCUUCUCCAGCCUCUUCCCAUGCUUCAGACGUUUCUUCUCCUGACACACAGAUCACAGUGAAAGGAGAGAACCCCCCAACGCCCCCCUACAUGUUUGGGGAUGUGCUGUCCCCCCCGCUGAGCACCAUGGAGGUGAUGGAGGUGACGGUGGCCUCGGCAGCACCCCCACGGCCCCCAUCACUGCCCUCCAUCCAGCCCCAGCCCCAGCCUCCACCCCAGCCCCAUCAACAACCCCAGCCACAUCCACAUCCACAGCCACAGGCCCCCAGCCCGCCCCAGCAACUCCCAGCUCAGCCCCUCACCAGCCUUGACCCCCACACACAGGCCACAGUCAUUCCGUCAGUAGCGACCCUGAAGGCCACCACCAUCCUGAGUAGUAAGCUGCCCAUCCAGCCUCGGCCGGUGUGUGUGGCUGCACUGCCAGUUGCCCAGGCGCCCAGUCCAGCCAAAGCCCUCAUUCUGCAGGGACAGAGCCGGCCCGUGAUGCUUUCGCAGUCCGUCUGUCUGGGCUCCACCCCCGCCAUCGUCAAGAUGGAGCCUGUAUCUCCCAGCAUGCCUCACUGCCCUAGUGCCGCCACGUUACCGGCUAGCAAGCCCAUCACCCUCGCAGGGUCAGGGCUGCCUGAUGUGAAGGUUCUAAAGAGGCAGCAGCGGAUGAUCAAGAACCGUGAGUCGGCGUGCCAGUCGCGCAAGAAGAAGAAAGAGUACCUGCAGACCCUGGAGGCCCAGCUGAGGGAGGCACAGCUGGAGAACCAACGGCUGCGCCGCGAGAACCAGACCCUGCGAGAACGCCUCGCCGGCAAAGAGGGCAGUGAGUCGAGUAACAACAAGAGGGCGGUGUGUGUAAUGGCGGUCCUCCUCUUCAUCACCUUCAGCUUCGGCCCCAUCAGUAUCACGGACAGGAAGCUGGAGACAGCCCUGCAGGAGAGUCUCUCACCCCACACGGGGAGACACCUGCUGGAGUUUGUGGGCAAGGAGGAGCUCAACCAAUCACGCGUGAGCGAGAGGACGCCGGCCGAGGGGGAACUCACUGAGGAGGAGGGGGGCCAGGACAGGUGGGGGGGGGAGAUGUCCCGGGACGCUGCUGAUCCCUACCAGUUCAGGAACCUGAGCAGCGUGUUCAGCGAUGUGAAGGAUCUGGUUCUGCAGGACAUAGACCGCUACUUCUCCUCUCCUGACUGCAGGCAGUUCAACCGCUCCGAGUCCCUUAGGCUGGCUGACGAGCUGCGAGGCUGGGUUCACCGCCACCAGAUCGACCGCACCAAGUCUGGAGGAAAGCCCAAAAUAGUCAAGAAGCCCAAAGUAGCACAGAAGGCUCAGCACCGGAAGACCAACUUCUCCCGAUAUCUGCCCAUUCAGGCACACAGAUCCAUUGAAAGCCAACUGCAGGUGUUCCCAGGACCUGAGAUCAGCUACAGCGACUUCCUGGACGCCAUCGACCGACGCGAGGACACUUUCUAUGUGGUGUCCUUCAGACGGGAUCACCUUCUGCUCCCAGCCAUCAGCCACAAUAAAACGUUGCGGCCCAAGAUGUCUCUGGUCAUGCCUGCCAUGUCCGUCAAUGAGAGUCUGUAUAACUCAUCUCAAGGUUAUGAGAUGAUGAUGCAGGUGGACUGUCAGGUCAUGGAUACCCGCAUCAUCCCCAUCAAGGCCUCGGCCGUUCCCCCGUCCCUACGUGACCCACCCCGGCCUCCCCCCGCCCACCAUCACCACGGCAACCACACCUCCCUCAAGGGCCGUCACCAUGCCAACGGGGCCGCGCCACCACGGCAGCCCUUACCUGUGAGGAGAAGGGGCGCCGGGUACCUUAUCAGCCAGGAAGGAGCAGAGGUGUGAGGAGGAAAGGAGAGGAGGAGAGAGGGGUGAGGAAAGAAAAGGCGAAAGAGGAGUACGAGACGGAAAAGAAUGAGUUUGGGCAACACAGGAUGGAAAGACAUCCUGAACGAAAAAAAAGCCAAGGUUGCUCAAGACUUUAAAAGAACGGAAUUUGUUCUUUUUUUUUGUUGUUAUUUUCCCCCGAGGCAAACUAGCGGCGUAGCGCAGCCUUGAAGCAGAGGGUCGUUAGCGCCAGCGCUAGGCUAACAUUCCACUGCAGCCUGACAGGCCAGUGUCCAUUAUAGAGCAAAAAGCCCCGGUCUGGAGGCAUUCUAAUAAUCUGUUUUCUUCCCCUUCUCACACACACACACUAUAACAGGACACACUCACGCAUCUUAUUUAUUACAAAGUGCUAUGAAUCUCCUCUUAAUAUAUGAAAAUGUGUAGUUUAAUAAAAAGUUUAAUUCCAUUCACAUCUUUGAUAGUCCGCUGCACUUAGAGAGUUUGACCGUGCUGUGGAGUCGCUGGAGGAAGCAGACGAGGUCGUAGGUCGUAGGUCUCCUCUGGAGUUUGCGUUUGUAUAUUUGUUCGCAACGUUCACAGACAAGACUGUGAGGUUUUUGUGUUGUUUUGUUUGUGUUUUGUUUUGUUUUAUAUAGUUUUAUAAUUGUCUUUGUUACUUUUUAAAUGUGUUUUAUAUUUUUGGUGGGGAGUAUUUAAAGUGACUAUGUGUUUUAAGAUAGUUGUAUAUAUCGGUGAUUUAUUUCGGUUCAGUUUCGUUUGUGUUGUUCCUGGUCAGUCCGUACAGGAGCCUCCUGCAUAUACACACACCCUUAAGACGGGAUGCGCUUCCGUCUUCUAGCCGAGACGCUCUCUGUGUGUAAACUAAAGGAACUAAGAGAAGUUCUGUGGUUUAAAGUUCUUUGCAAUUCAGGCAGAGAUUUACUGGCCCGCUGAAGUUUAGCCAGUGUAACAUUGAUACGCAAAAACAUGCAUCAGGUGUUUCAGUAGACCCAAAACACAGACAGGUUGUGUUAUAGGCGUCUUUGAAAUAUCACCAUAGAGGUACGCCACGCAAGAGGAUCAGGUUUGACAUUUAAAUUUGGAGCAGGUGAUCCAAACUUCAGUUCAUUUCUGUGCAUUUGUGCAUUCGACUCUUUAGGUAAUCAGGGCAUUAGCGUUUGUAGUGAGUUAGACCCUGCCUAGGGUAGCAGAUUAAUCAGACACUUAUGAUGCCAUAUGCCUCAAAUGUUGCUACGUAAUCACCUGAUAUUAUGGCAGAAAUCACAAGAAGACCUGCUAGCACCUGUUAUAACUCAGUCAGUAUAUAUACGUUUUUACAUCAAGAAAAAAAAAACAACCAAAAUGUUAUUGUUAUAGUGAGUUCCGCAGAGGUAAUAUAGUGUCAGCAUUAUUAUGUAAAAUAAUAGUUUGUCAUUGUCAUAUAUAAGAGUUCCAGUCCGUCGGCAUUUGGUUUGUUUGUUUGUUUGUUUGUUUGUUUGGUUUUUUAUUUCUUCCAGAACUAUUCCUCUCACCUAAUCUCAUUACUGUGACCCUCUGACUAACUUGAUGUACAGGGAAAGUGUAGGUUUGUUGUGGGUCUUUGUUAACUGACUAGCAAGGCCAGGAGCAUACAUAAUGUGGAUGAGCGUUUCAGUGCUCCGUUCGGUUCGGUUCUGUCCCUUUUAUACUGUGGAAAUGAUGUGUUUGUGUUCUUAUGAGAAAAGCAAGACCAGAUUGAAAAAAAACUGUA